AUGCCCAACACCAAAGAUGCUAGUCCAUGCCCUGAGAAGCUCAAGAAACUUAUUUCAACAAUCCAAAGAGACAGCAAGGAUGUGGGGACACUGAAGAGCAAGGGGUCCUGCACCACCGUUACCCCACAGAUCAUCGCCAGGACCGAGGUGGAGCACCGUGGAGCCCAGCACUCUGCAGGGAACUUCAGACCCAGGCAGUCACUCAGCCCCCACAACUACCAAAUUCAGACUUACAGAGCUACAGACCAGAGCAGCAGCCUCUUUUCUGGGUUUGCAGGAUUCUUCACCCCUCUCCUGCUCGUUGUGGUUCUCUGUGUCCUGUGGAAGUGGAAGAAAUGGAAGAAGCGGCAUACACCUUACCGCCGUGUUGUAGGCCUGCCCUCCCUGAAUCGACCUCGACCCAGACAACAAGCGAAAAAUAUUUAUGACCACUUACCCCGGAGGCAGGAAUCACUGGGGAGACCGCAAAUCAGGAGCACCCGGGUUGUCAGCACUGAGAGCCUUCUUUCCAGAAAUUCCAGCAGCCCUGCCUUUGAGCACACGGCCUCCCAAGCAGACAAUGCACUCCUGGUGCACAGAACCUGUGCUCAAGCUGCAGUGUAUUCAGUGGACAUCUAUGACAAUGCCUUAGGGACUCACAUGUGCAAGGACCACACUCUCUCAGUACCUGAUGUCAAUGGCAGAAGCUGCUCCAGCUCUUCUUCAGAGAAUUCACAUGAUUACAUCAAUGUGCCCACAGCAGUAGAGAUUGCUGAAGCUCUAGCUUCUAGAUUCACCUCCAAGAGUCUCUCUGUUUUCCUGGGUGCCCCAGAGCAGACAGAGCAGACCUUUACUGAGGAAAGAGAGCAGGAGAACACCCAGGACUGCUCCAGUGUUUGGACUCCAGUAAGUGAGAGCUGUGAUCUCCUCAGUGAUGGGGACAAUUCCUCUGAGACCUCCAAUGACUAUGUCAAUAUGGAGGGGCUGGAUAAAGGAGCUCAACAGGGCAAAGAGACCUGGGUGGAGCUUCAGUGCUGCAGCGAUUAUGAAAAUAUCUCUGCAGCAGCGAUCCAGAGGAGCCAACAGCAGCAGGCAGAGGAAGUGACUUCCUCAAGCACAGCCCACACAGAGAGCAGGGCAGAUGACUCAGAGAUCCAUGUCCAACUCACUGUUCACUCCCAGAGGUUCCUGGCUCUGGGAGACCAAGUGACUCCUCUGCCAGCUGCGCAGAGUGAGGAUAGUCCUAUGAAACAUGAAGAGGAGGUGUCAAAGGAAAGCUCCCAUGACUAUGAGAAUGUCUAA